UCCAUAUUCUAUAAAAUUUUGUCUUAAGUUACACUUGUCAAUUAAUUAUUUAUAUUUCCAGAAUGCGCUUUAUUGUAUCUUUUCUCGCGUUUCUGAGCAUUGUUAAUGCCGCGUUCUUGCCUGGCGAACUCAGAGAAAAUCUCGCAGCAGCUGCGCGAAAAACUAAGAAGCUUAUACAACAGGAUAAUGUAAAUUUAAUCUUGUCAUUGGCCCGAUCAAUUGUUAGCUCAGAUGUUGUGAAUGAAGAGGAACUAAUGAAAUGGAAACUGUUUGUCGAUCAAUGGACUCCUCAACUGUCAAUUUUGGCGGAAGAUGACGCUGCUCUGCAAGAGUUUAACGCGGCAAAGGAAAUGUUGCUGCUUGACAAAGACGAGGAGUUACUUGACCGAUGGACCAAAGGCAAAUUCCAAAGUCUAAGCCACCAACAAAAGAAAAACAUCAACAGACGGUAUAUUGCCUUCAAGUUUCAGGCUCGUAGAAUGAUUCUUGGAUCAACAGACUCCACAGGACAUUUAAAUUUUAUCGUUCGAUACUUUAAUAAGUUUGCCAGGUCAAAACCAAAUGUUCGGGAACAGGACUUUGAAAAUUUAUUCAAAUUGCUCACCUUAGACGACGUUGAACUGGACGAAUGGUUAGCCAUUCAAUCUAAUAUGUAAAUAUGUACAAAUUUUAGUGAUUUCAAGUUUAUAAUGUGAUUAGGAUUAACGCACUUAAUCAUAACAAGUAAGAAAGCUUUAGUCGCAAUGAAUGACUAGUAGAUUUAUAGUUUGUAUAGAUCAUUAAAGAAGACAAAUAUAAACCGACAUUAGAGGACUUAAA